GAAAACAAAACCUUCAUCUUGCAUUGAUUUGCAAAGUUGUUUCUUCUUCACUUGGGAAAAAUGUAGGAGCCUUUCGUUGGAGAACACUUGCCUGCUUAAAGAUCUAUUCAAGUUCAAAGAACUCACCAAUUUGACUGUCUAGGGUUGGGCCAGGAGGACUAGUUGGGAUUGAAAAUCAUGGAUACCAAUGAUGUUGAUGAUGAAGAGUUCGGGUUCUCAAGAAAUUAUUUUCUAGCAAAAGAGUUGGGAAGUUCUGGAAAGAAAUCAACUCACAAGCUCUCCGACAUUGAUCCUGUCGACGAACAGGAGCUAAGGGAGGCCAUGGCCAAUAUUGAGCCUAAGCAUGAGAGUGAAAUUGCGUCUUUGAUGAACAGUUACAGAAGUUCAUACUCAAAGUGGGCUUUUGAGCUAAGGUGUGGUUUUAGCCUGUUAAUGUAUGGGUUUGGAUCAAAGAAGGCCUUGAUUGAAGAUUUUGCUUCCACGACGUUAACUGAGUAUGGUGUUCUCGUAAUCAAUGGCUAUCUUCAGUCAAUUAAUCUUAAACAGAUGUUGAUAGCAUUGGCUGAACUUCUGUGGGAUCAGUUAAAAAUCCAGAGAAGAACUCCUUCAGGAAACUCCUCCAAAGUUCAACAACCAUUUAAUUCCCGAUCCGUAGACGAUCUUCUUGCUUUUCUGGAUGGACCCCAAGUGGAGGGAGAUGAAUGUUUUGUUUGUGUUGUCAUUCACAACAUUGAUGGGCCUGGAUUGCGAGACUCAGAGACACAACAAUAUCUAGCCAGAAUGGCUGCUUGUUCUCAUAUAUGUGUUGUUGCUUCUAUUGAUCAUGUGAAUGCACCUCUUUUGUGGGAUAAGAAGAUGGUUCACACUCAAUUCAACUGGUGUUGGUAUCAUGUCCCGACAUUUGCUCCAUACAAAGUUGAAGCAACCUUCUAUCCAUUGAUUCUCACACAUGGUGGCACCUCCCAAUCUGUCAAGACAGCUUCAAUAGUGUUACAGAGUUUGACUCCUAAUGCCCAAAACGUGUUCAAAGUUCUUGCAGAACAUCAACUGGCUCACCCUGAUGAAGAAGGGAUGCCAGUCAAUAAUUUGUACACAAUUUGUCGAGAGCGAUUCCUGGUGAGUAGCCAGGUGACACUGAAUUCCCAUUUGACAGAAUUCAAAGAUCACGAGUUGGUCAAGAUCAGAAGACAUUCGGACGGCCAGGAUUGCCUGUACAUUCCUCUGGCAACUGAAGCACUUGAAAAGCUGAUACUUGAGAUCAGUCAAUAGCAGUUACUAGUGCACACUAAUUCACUUCCAAUGAUUAACUGGGACUAGCUCAUCGUUUCCAAUAGUGAAUGCAGCGUCUGAGUGGAACAGUCGGUUUGGUCCAUCGACAACUUCCUGUCUUGAAUUACGUGGACUCUUCGAAAUAUAUGGUGUCACCGUGUCGGACACAAGACACUUGGGCAAUAUUAUGAGACAUUUUGAAUUGGGCAUUAAACCUUUUGCAGUAAUCAAUUUUGGUGGAAAAC